UUGACGCGACUCCAAAUUCUCCUCAUUCCCAUUUUCUUUCAUUUCAUUUGAACAUUCUAAGCUUGUUUCUCUCAAAUUCGAAACAUUCUCCACACUUCCCAACGAGCUAGGGUCCGGAGAGUCGAAGAGGGACGUACAGCGCUGUAGAGAUUGCCGCAACCGUAGAGUGGUCUCCGGCGAAUGGGACUUUUGAUUCUCAUUGUCCAGUUUAGGAUCCGGGUAUGUUACUGAACCGUCAGGGUCCGUAUCUGUAUCCGAAAACACGUCGCGGCAAUCGUCAAACGGGAAUUCAUCAGCGGCGUCGUGAAAUUCCAUCUCGUUAUUUGGGCUAUUGGGCGUCGCCAUCUUUCCCAACAAUUCAGUGCGAAAUCGGAGAAGCGUCUACUCACAUUUUGUAGAUGUGGGUAAUCUCCAACGCCCGCAAGAGGGAGAUUGCAUCGACUCGAUCUACUUCACGCAAAGGCAAAGGUAAAGCGCGGGCCGAGUCUUCUUUUCAAAGUCGAGAUGAUUUUGAAACGGAUUACCAACGGCGAGAUGAUAUGAUGAUGUCCGACGAGCAACUACAACACCUAUUGUCCCAAAAUGAUCCACGCUUUGCACAAGAACAACAAUUCCCGACAACCAUCGAUGAAGAGGAGCUCGAGGAUGACGAUGCGGAGGAGGACGCGGGGGGCGAUGGGACUCACGGCACCCCGGAUGAUGAGCAAGAGUUGGAGGACGAGGGCCGUUCAACGACUACAACCCAAAUUGGUAAGAAAUCUAAAUCUCCUAUUAUUGAAAACAAUUAUACAAAAAGAAAAGACGAAAAUACCGAAAAAUGGUACGCAAGUUGCAAUCAUUGCAAGAAAGAGUUUAGCUUGGGAACUUCUGGCGGAUACAUGAGUCUCAAAAGGCAUCUUCAGUCCACCCACUUUGUGGAGUAUGUGAAAAUAGACAAAGGCAAGGGGAAGCAAACACAAAUAUCGAGGUUUGCAAAUUCUCAACCCUUUGGUAAAUUUUCCUAUGAUGAUAAAAAACAUUUGACUGGUAUGUCUCAUUUAGAUGUUGAAGAAAAUUUACCCUAUAUUUUUUCCGAAAGUCUUGCUUUAAGAGAUUAUGCUCAAGGUACUUUAAAUCCUCAAUUUAGAAAUUAUAGUCACAAAACGAUUAAAAAAAAGUUAUAAGGCAAUAUAACUUGGAAAAAGAAAAAUUACAAACAUUUUUCGCAAACUUUGAUGGACGUGUUAGUAUUUGUAGCGAUAUAUGGGAGGAUACUUAUCAUCAUUUAUAUUAUUUGGGUCUUACUGCACAUUAUAUUGAUGAUGAUUGGAAUAUGCAUAAACGUGUUCUUGCUUUUCGUGAAUUCAAUGAUCGUCACACUGCUGAUAAUAUUUAUAUUCUCAUUGAACGUAUUUUAAUUGAGUAUAAUUUGAUUGAUAAGGUGUUUGCUGUAUGUUUUGAUAAUGCUAGUAAUAAUACUGCUGCUAUACCUAGAUUACGUGAAUUGUGUGGUGCUUCUACAUUGAUGGGUAGGCUUUUUCAUCAACGUUGUGCAUGUCAUAUUCUAAAUUUGUGUGUACAAGAUGGCUUAGCGGCAUUAGGAAAUGCUUUGGAGGUAGUGAAGGGGGGAAUUAAAUUGAUUUGGGCUAGCACUCCACUAAAAAUGUAAUGGCGGCAAUAUUUGAAGGAUAGACGUGUCAAUUAUUGUGCUUUUCCUAAAGAUUUGUGUAUUCGUUGGAAUAGUACUUAUAAUUUAAUUCAAGUACUUAUUAGAUAUAAAGAUCAUUUUCCAGCUUUUUUAAGACAAACUUGUAACUAUAUUAUAAACCCGGCUGACAUCGACACUUGUGAAAAAAUUGUUAAUGUUUUGGCAUAUUUUAAUAACGCAACUCAAACUUUUAGUCAUGUUUAUAAACCUACCGCAAACGAAUUUUUUGUUGAAGCUGUUAAUCUCGCCGGCGCUUUUUGUGAAUUUUCCGAAGCCACUUACGUUAGUUAUUUUUGUGAUUUCAUGAAACAAAAGUUUUUAAAAUAUUAUUCACAUAUUCCGCAUAUAUAUGGUAUUGCAUUUGUUCUUGAUCCUCGUUAUAAACUUGCUUACUUGGCAAAUUGUAUAGAUUACUAUUAUGCUUCUUUUUUUCCAACUCAAGAGUUCGAUGAUAAUCCCAUCGACCCUAAACAAGAAUUCAACGAGGUUAGUAAUUUAUUUCAUCAAUUGUAUAAUGAAUUUCAUGCACAAUAUGGUAAUGCACCCCCUCCCAUGCAACGAACAUAUUCUUCAUCUAAAGGAAAAUCACUUUUAAAAUCCGCUUUUGGUUCUCUUUUGAAAAAAAGUAGAGCAACUCCCGCUACUGAACAAAGCUCAGGUAACGAGCUUUCUUUGUAUCUAACACUGAAUGUUGAUUAUGAAGUUGGUGAUGACUUUGACGUUCUUAAGUGGUGGAAGGAAAAUGAAAGAACGUUCCCAAUUUUAUCAAAGAUGGCUAAGCAAGUGCUAGCAAUGCCGAUAUCAACCGUUGCCGUGGAACAAGAAUUUAGUGCAGCCGGCAACGUCCUAACCGAUUAUAGAACGAGGUUGAGCCCGAGCUCUCUUGAGACACUAGUUUGCUUUCACGAUUGGUUGAAGGCCCAACGAAGAGCUCAAGAAAUUAUCAUUGCUCCCACCCGCCACUUUAUGGAGGAAACAACUGAAGGCGGAGAUUCCGAUUGAUUUUUUUAUUACAAAAUGUAUUACAUUUUUUAAAUUCAUCCUAAUUCUCAAUUGUACUUCUUAUUUGAAAUAAAUAUACUUGAAUUAGAAUAUAAUAUAUUGUAAUUGUAAUAAGAAUUAUUCUAAUAAUAUAAUAUAUAAUAAAAAAAAUUAAAAGGCCCG